AUGUGGAAGACGGCGUGGAGAGCUCGACGGGCGGUUGUAGCGAGCCUGCGGAAGGCUCACACGGCCAGCGACGACGAGCUCAAGGCCGCGAGGACAUGGCUUGCGCGGUUUACGGCAGAGACGAUUCCCAGGAGCAUCUGCGCAGCCUCCUUCAGCCGGUCCAGCGGUCCUGGAGGCCAGAAUGUGAACAAAGUUAACUCGAAAGCGACGAUAAAAGUGCCGAUGAGCUCCUUGUUGCCUCUGGUGCCGAAGAUACUGCAUUCAUCCAUUCGGUCGUCUCGAUACUACGCAGCCAACUCGCAGGCGUUGGUCAUACAGGCGGACGAUAGCCGGAAGCAGUCGCAGAAUCUCAAUGCCUGCUUCGAUAAGCUGACCAACAUGAUAGCAGCGGCCGGAAGAGAUGCUGUGCCCGGGGAGACCUCGCCUGAGCAGAAACAAAAGGUCGAGAAGCUGCAGAAGGCUGCGAAUGAAGCGAGGAUACGGAUGAAAAAGGUACACAGCAACAAGAAGAGCAGCAGAAAAGGAAGAUCAGACGAGUGA